AGGAGAAAAAUGUUGUUUGGAGGGCACAGUGUGGGCAUUACUAAUGCCAAAAAGGCACUUGAGUGGCAAACGGUGGCAGACGCUGUAAAUGCUGUAGCCUCACAACCUCGGACUGUGGCCGAAAUAAAAAAGAAAUGGUCGGACAUCAAAGUCGAGGCAAAAAAACGUCUUGCGCUCCAUCGCCAGAGUGUGUCUGCCACAGGUGGGGGAAAGGGGACAGCGGAGCUGACCCCUCUUGAUGAGAGACUGGCGGCAAUUAUUGGGGAAUCCCUAUUAAGUGGAGUGGUGACUGAGGCGGAGGGGGACACUGACGCGCCAGAUGCACCGGGUGACACAGUUGCUGGGUGUUCCAGCGGGGCCAGUGGUUACGAUGCUGCAGCUGAGCAGCCGUCUGGACCCAGCGUCUCCACGGCACGCGGCUCUCAACCCUCCAGCAGUGGACGUGUCCUCACCGAUGCAGUCCUUGAAAUGCAGAGGGAAGUCAUUAGUUCAAUCAGAGAGGUGGCCAAGGAGUUGGGCGAAAUCAAGACUGCCCUGACUGAAAUAAACUGCACGAUGAGGGAAUUCUUGAAUAAAUAAUAUUUUCCACACCUUUUGUUGUUCUUUACAAGCGACGCAUCACU